UCAGUAUGGGCCCGGCCCAGUGCGUUGACACUCUCCGGACCGGUCUUGCAAUGGGGGCGGACCGGGCCAUCCAUGUGGAUUACCCUGGAAGUUUGUAUCCGCUUUCCAUUGCCAAGAUUCUUAAAGCUCUUGUUGAAGCUGAGAAGCCAAGUCUUCUUCUUCUUGGUAAACAGGCAAUUGACGAUGACUGCAACCAGACAGGCCAAAUGGUUGCUGGGCUUCUCAAGUGGCCUCAAGGGACCUUUGCCUCCAAGGUUAGCAUCACAGUGCAUAAGCUUUUAUAUAAGAUAAUUUUCGUAGUCUUCUCAGAAAAGAUAAAUAAUUUCCAGCAAAAAGCU